GUUGGGGCUCUUUCAGUAGUGACUUUUUUUCGAUCCGGUUCGGUCGGUCAGGAGGUGCGUGCGUGCGCGAGUGCUUUUGCAAAAUUCUACCGUGGGGUGAGAAAAAUUACCUGCUAGGUGCAAACAUAACCCGUUGCUGCUUGCUCCGGACCGAAAGAAAGCGCCGUAGGACGGAACCAGAAACACCAGAAACCGCUGGAAAUGUAUCGUUUGCUACUGCAGCGAGCAGCUCUGGUGAACCAUGGAACGGGGAGAAAAGCUUCUCAGCUGCUCCGGAACUUCGGUACCAAGCGUGCGGGAACCAGCCGUUUGCCACAUUUGCAGGAGGCCGGUUUCGGAAAGGUUCUUGUGGUCCUGUCACCCUUUCUAAUUGGCGGCGGUGUGGUGGCUUACGCUAAAUACGAUAAUGAAUUUCGAAAGUAUCUAGUAUCGCAAGUUCCUGCUUUGGAUCCAGUGCUUAAAACCUUGCUGCAGGAAGAAAACCCACUAGAAGAUGUAACGAAAAAGUUGAACGAAAUAUCCAGCACCAUCAGUGGCUAUACUUCCAGCGUAACCGGAUUUUUCAGCAAUGGCGAUGAGGAGAAAAAGUCGGAGAAGAAGGCCGAUAUACCACCCGUGACCCGAUCCAAAUCAUCGGUUCAUGUGCCCAUUCCAUCUCCACCGCUCGCGAAACCUGACCCAAUUGUUGAAAAACCAGCUACUUCAACCAUUAAGGCACCAGCCCCUAAAAUAAGUGAACCAGCAAAGGCGGCUAAACCAGCUGCAGCUGCUACCGGUGCCAGUGUGUUGAAAUCCAAGGCCGUUGCUUCGACCGAAGAGGUCCCGAAAUCGAUCUCGGAUCUCGAGCACCAAAUCGAUGUAUCGGCAGCUACAGCUAUUAAGGAGUACGGAAAAGCUGUAGAUGUAUUGAAAAAUUAUACCGAAGAGGUGAAAAAAGUGGUGGAUAAUUCGGCCGAUAAACUAGACGAUUCUUCGUGGGCCCAUCUACGCAACUGCACCGUUGCUAGAAAUACAUCGUUGGCAGCGGCAGAGGACGCAGCUCAACAAGCCCGAGCGAAGAUCGAUAAACUACAGCGCCUGUUGGACGGUCACGAAAUCAAGUGUUCUGAUGAGCUGAAGAAACAAACUCGCGAAAAUAUUGCAGCUUAUUUGAAUCACUUGAAUAAAGCCAAGGAAGACGUUUUCAGAGCUCGGCAGUUGGCUGGUGCUGGAGAAGAGUACUGGAAGAAGGUGGAGAAAGCCAGAAAUUACUUUAUCGAUGAAAUCGAGUCACUAUUCCCGGGCAUCAAGCUGCAGGAAAAGAAGAUCGAUAUGCCAAAAGAAGAACUGGACCUGUUCAUUGUUUAUGCUUACAGCCGAAUAGCGAUGUUCCAGAAAGAGCUUCAAAAAACGCAAAUCGAAGGCGAGCAACGGCUGAAAAGGGCUCUAGAAUCUAUUAGAGGUUCGGAUAAAGAUGAAGCUAUCAAAUCUCAGCUAGAGUAUGAACUCGGAAUACAACGAUCUGAGCUCAAUCUACGUACCCAAAAGCAGGUUUUCGAGUUGCAAGAAUCUUUCAAAAAAGACUUGCGCCAGCAGUUGAAGCAACAAUCGGAGGCCCAUUCGGACCAUCUGGCCGAUGCGUUGUCUCAAAAGGAAGUCGAAAUGAAGCGCAAAUUUCAGCGAGAAUUGGACGAAAAACUUUCAACUGAGCAGGAAGCUUACAAGCUACAGCUCGCAACAAUGCUGGGCAAACUGAAGGGCAUGGAUGCUGCACUGAAGGACAUCGAUGACGAAAUGAAAGAGCGUGCGGCUGCAGAGAAAAGUGCCCACCAGGCUCAAUCGCUGUGGGGUGCCUGCCAAUCGUUGUGGUCAUCGGUUCGCAACGGACAGCCCGGCAAAUCCUGGCGAGAACAGCUCCGACCGCUGAAGGAUGAAAUCAGUGCCGUAGGCCGGGCUGCCGAAGGCGACGAAUUGGUUGCGAGCGUACUGAAGGGCCUGCCAGAGGUGGCCAAAACUCGCGGUGUCUAUCCGGAGCAUGCCUUGCGUGAACGUUUCAUCAAGGUGGAGGAGGUGUCUAGACGCUUGGCGCUCAUUCCUGCCGAAGGUGCUCGGCUGCCGAUGUAUUUCUUGUCGUAUCUGCAAUCGGCUCUGAUAGCCCGCCCCGAUGUUCCUAUUUCUCGGGACGAGUUGGAAGAUAAGCCGUUCGAUUUCAGCAAGUUGGACACCUACGAUAUCCUGAAUCGCGCUCGCUACUGGCUGGAUCGAGGAGAUCUCGUGCGCACAGUCCAGUAUAUGAACCUUCUACAGGGCGCUUCUCGUAAGGCUGCACUCGAGUGGUUGAACGAAGCCAGACUGCUGCUGGAAACACAACAAGCCACCAGUACGUUAAUGGCUCACGCGGCGUCUAGUGGCAUUCGAUUCCUGUAGAAAGCAAACUUGGCUUUUAAUUGUGCUCCCUUCACGUCCUCGGUCCAUUUGGGAUUGCUCUGGCUAGGGCAACAAAUUUAUGAUCCUUAACUAUGUUCAGUACAGUAUAAUUAGCUUACCCGUCCUCUUCCGGGUUGUGUUUCUAUUUAAUUUUUAAAAGUUUAACGACAUUGAAGACACUAAUUGGAGAAAAAUGCUUCCCUCCUUUCUGGAAACUGUAGUGCAAAUGAAGCAUAAAUCGUGUGCGUUUAAAUUCAGUAGUUAAGGUGAUUGCAUAAUCGAUCAUGUUCUAUUGGUGCUGAGAUGAAUAGGAAGCCUUUUGAAUUGCGAGAGAAAAAUAUUGUUGUUAAUUAUGAGCACCGCUUAUUAUUUUUUUUGAUUUUAAGCAGACCUCUAAAUUGAGUCCAAAAUAAUUGUACUUUAAGGAGAUUAAUUAAAUACACAUUCUUAAAUCCAA